AUGGAUCCAAACAAUCGCGCAAACGCUGGUAUGAACCAAGGCAUGGGCAAUCUCAAGGAGACUGCCGGCAACAUGAUGGGCAGCCAAAAGAUGCAAGGCGAAGGCCAAAGCCAGCGUCAAACCGGCAAGUUCCAAGAAAUGGAAGCCAAGGCCAACGAAAUGUGGCAAGAUGCUAAGAACAAGGUCGGCGAUGCCUUUAACAUGGACAAGGGCAACCAAAACAAUCGCUAG